AUGAUUCCUAAUACACCCACAAAUUAUAUUACUCUUUACAAUAAAUGCUGGUUAGAAGAUUCAAACAAACGCCCUACGUUGGAUGAAAUUUUAAAUGAAUUAGAUAUCCUCUCGACAGAAUCUAUUAAAUUCAUUAUGAAUGACUAUGACUUGAAUUACCUGACCUUAAUGCAUUUGAUGCAAGACCAAGAAAUCCCAUGCUUUGAUUAUUUACAAUUUAGUGGAAAAAAGUAUGCAUUGAAAUCUUAUAAAUAUGACCUGUACUUGGAUGUACAUUCCUUCAAACAAAUAAAACAUGAG